CAUGUCACGCUGGCUUAUUGUUGGUAUCUCAGGAGCUACAAAUAGUGGGAAAUCGACUCUGGCCAAGAAAUUGCUGGAGGUCCUCCCCGACACAACAAGAAUCAUCUGCCAGGAUGACUAUUUCUACCCAGAAGACUCUCCUCAACACAUUCCCUGUCCAGGAGGCUUACCUCAUCACAAUUGGGAUGUAAUUUCAAGUUUGGAUAUGAACAAGAUGAUUAGGGAUAUUACAGAGAUUUUAAAGUCAACUCUCAAACCAAAUAUCAAAACAGCAAUUUCAAAGACAGAUGCCAGUGAGAGAGGUCUCUCAUGCUUAAAUGACUCUCAUGUUAGAAAUUUACCAGUUUUGCUCUUGGAAGGAUUUUUGUUAUUUGGUGAUGAUAAAUUGGCAGAGAUGUGUGACCUUCGAUACUUCCUCACACUGAAUCACAAACUAUGCUGGGAAAGGAGAAGUUCUCGUAUUUAUAAUCCUCCUGAUCCUCCAGGUUACUUUGAACACUGUGUUUGGCCAAUGUAUGAAUCGCAUUUGAAGUAUGUGAAAGAGCAUGUUCCCGAUUUGAAAUUUGUGUGUGGUAAGGGAGAUCCUUUCCCAGUAAUACACCAAGAAAUAUUGGCAGCCUCAAGAUCUCUAGGAUAUAUGCCUAAUGAUCAAUUAUUACAUUACAAUGAUCUUAAUGGAUUAAAGCAACAUAAUGCAAGCUGAGCUUAACUCUGGUCAUUGUGAAACUUGUAUUUAUAUGGGUUUCAUAGUCUUGUAAUCCACUACAUUGGUAUAUUUAGCCUUAUGAAACCGCUCAACAUAAUCAUGAGUAAUUGCAAGUAUCCCACUAUGGAUACCUUAUGGAUAUGCCGUGUUCAUUUUUCUUUUUUUUUCUUGAGGUAGGUUUCUGUUGAGAUCUUGAAUGCCUCAUCAUAUUGACUUGAAACUUAAAAUACUUUAGUUAGACAAAACAAAAUAUGACAUUAUUGACGCUGACAAUGUAGUCUCAUAGUAAUAUUUGAAUUUCUGCAUGAUGUCAUCUAGACUUAACAGUUACAGCAUUUGCAUAUGAAAACUAAGGUUCUCUCUGUAACUGCAUUAUGGCCAGGUGGGAAUAAAUGUUCAUACUGGUAACAAACUGCAUGCUCUUAAAGGUAGCUUGUCCCCUUGGCCUUCCUCCUACCUCUGUAACCAGCAGUGGGAAACGGCUCUGGAGGUUAUGUAUUGGCCACAUAUACCUCGCUUACGGGCAGUUAAUGGAACACUGUCCUGCUCCUUAUUGUCAGAACUACUGUGUCCCACUUAGUUGUUGUUGAAUGUCCUGGUUUUCAUGAAGUUUGUGUCUUGCUACUCGACUGUUCCUCGUGGUCAUUUGUCCUUCGAUAGAAUUCUUUGUGAAUCGGAUUCCUUUGAUAUUGUUCGCCUUGUGCGCUUUUGUUUUCAAACCGGCAUCCUCGGUGAUAUUUACAGCUUUUUGAAUAUCCAGCGUUAUGGAUGGUGCUGCAUAGUCUCCCCGGCUUGGUGCCUUUUGAUAAUUAGGUGUAGGACAUUAGAAACAGAUUCUUUGCUGGGCACCCAGGUGUGCCAAGAAUCUUCUUGUUACUACUUUUGCUGUUCCUAAAGUGCCAGCCCAUUGUGCUUUUGCAGUGCAAAUCUAUCUGCGUCUACCUUGCUGCAAAAACACAAAAAAUCGGUGUUAAUUAGGGCAACAGGGCAGAGGGCUACUGCAGUAUGAAGGUAUUGUGGAUGAAGACUUGUGCCCAUUACUAGUGAGAGCUGCUAUUUAAAACCUCUGCAUCAGGUGCUGACAGGUGUGUGGCAAAUGGCCUCAUGGUGUAGUGUGGCUUUGAGACACAUUGCAGCUAUUUUAUUUAUGAUAGAUGUGUUUCGGCUGCAUUGCGUUUGGGCUUUAGAUAGGGCUUGUCUUUGUGCUAAGGCUGCAAUUGAAAGCCACUUGGUUCAUGCCUAGUUGUGCUUGCGGGAGUCGAGGUCUGGCUCUUUGGUCCUGCCUCUCAACUGUUGUACAGAUUCCUGAGCCUACUGGGCUCUCAUAUCCACAUUUGAAACUGUGUUUGGAGUCAGUCUCCACCACAUUACUGCCUAGUGCAUUCCAUCUGUUAACUAUUGACACUGAAAAAGUUCUUUCUAAUGUCCCUGUGGCUCAUUUGGGUACUAAGUUUCCACCUGUCUCUUGUUCACCUAUCAUCCGUGUUGGUAGUACAGUGCGAGUGUGUGCAAAAACCUGUCCAAGUGCACACUUGGGUAAUUACACGUAGAGUACUGUAUAUGGAAAAUAUACUGGUAUCAAAGAUAGUCUUCUAUAAUAGUGGUUUAUGAACAAAUAAUUCACAAACCACUAUUAUAUUACUACUAUGUAUAAAUAGCUUACCUCUGAAUGUUGGUACCGUGUGACAAUAAAUUAUAAAUGUAUAAAUUUAUGGUCCUUGGAGAUGGCUACUUAGGUAAUCAUAAUUUUCAAACAUUCUAAUAUGCAUUUUUGGGGUAUCUUCAAGAGAUAAUUGAGGAUAACAUGUAGUGUAUGCAGUGUUUAGAGCACUUGCAGUGAUUUCAGUGAUAAUCAUUUAAGUAGAACUGUUUAUACAGAAGUCUAGAUUUUUUUUAUAUACAGUAUAUAUAACGAGAUCCACUCUGCUUUGUUUUCAAACCAAGUUUAGAUCACAAUAGUAUAAUUUUCUUUUAAAAUUUCUUUUUAUUGUUAAUUUUUAGUAUCAAAAUGUUUUUGUAUUGAGGUUAUUAUCAAUUGAAAAUAAUUGAUGUAAACAUUUUGUAAAUAAAUUUUGAGUUAA